AUGGAAGACACAAACAACAUGCCAAUAAUUGAUAACAAGGAGGCUAUGGCAGAUGAGAAUCUAGAAACAAUCAUUUUCAUGAAAGAGGUAAUAUUGGGCAAGCUAAUGGGGCUAAAUGCAGACAAUCCUCCUGGCCCUGAUGGGAUGUAUCCCAGGGCCCUGAAAGAAAUGGCGGGGGAAAUAACAAAUGCACCCAUGAUAACCAGGUGGGUAGAUGAGGAAAUCGAUGAAGCUGAAGUGGACUUUGGUAAGGCUUUCGUUAACGUGUUGGCAAUUGUGAUCCUUUCUCAGAGAGCAUGCGGUCUCAGUAAGUGUAUCACCCAGUACCUGAUAGCAAUGGCAACAGCAGAUUUCCUCGUUGUCAUUGCUGAUGUGAUGUUGAGGUGGCUUAUUUUGUAUUUCCCAGUAUCUUUCCUGGAUAUUACUCAUGUCUGUAGUUUUGUAAUGGUGCUCAUUCCUGCAACAACAAUACAUUCCAUCUGGAUGACUGUUGCUUUCACCAUUGAUCGAUUUGUGGCUAUUUGCUGUCCAAAGCUGAAAACCAAAUACUGCACUGAAAAAACUGCAUCUGUGAUUAUUGGAACAGCGAGUGUGUUGAGUUAUUUGGAAUGCAUUCCCUGGUUUUUCAAAUUCAAAUCCAAAUACAUCUUCAAUAACCUGCAAUGGUUUUGUAUUACAAAACCAGAGUAUUACACUUCAAUUUUCUGGGCGGUUUAUGAAAUAUUCCAUCGCCUUCUCGCCCCUUUACUGCCAUUUGUUAUUAUUCUUCUUUUGAACACUCUCACCGUCAGACAUAUUUUAGUCGCAAGCAAAGCGCGCAGGAGACUCCAGAAGGACAGUGACAGGGAGCGGUCCAGUGACCCAGAGAUGGACAAACGCAGAAAAUCCAUUAUUUUACUUUUUGCUAUCUCAGGCAGCUUCAUUAUUUUAUGGACCCCUUACGUAGUAUGCUUCCUAUAUCAACGAAUUUCAUUAAUGUAUGAUUAUUCUUCACUUUCACCAACUGCAGGUACCAUUGGAUACAUGCUCCAGCUCCUCAGUACUUGUACAAACACUUGUAUAUACACCGUGACCCAGAGUCAAUUCCGAGAGCAGCUGAAAGCUGUUGUGAAGAUCCCUUUCACUCUGAUUCUCAGAUCAAUCAAACAGUAA